CAUUUGCCCUGUAGGUUCAGUUGAACAACUGCUGGCAAACGGAACGGACAACGUUAUUCGUAUAAAAUCGCUAUCAAACCCUUUUUACGUAUAAAAUUUAUCGCUGCGCCUUCAACCAUGUGGCGACAGGGAAAGCAAUAUGGACUUGGAGACGUCCUGCCAUUGGCUAUUGGACUCCUGCUCUGCUCUGCGCAGACGCAAAGCUCUGUGACGUCAUUAAGAAGGACAGCAGCAGCAGCAGGGGAUGCUGCUGCAGCAGCCCAAAUCCUUGAAGACGCACAACCCAGCAGCGUAGUUCAGGAUUGGAGUUUGGUGUGCAAAGAGCUCUGCGGAGCCGGCCUGGGCGUUGCGACGCCUGGCGAGGCCCAUUCUACGAUCCUGAGACCGGAAAUUGAUGCGGCCAAGUGCGGGCAACUGUGUGGACUGCCAAGGGAUAAUGUGGGCGAUAGACUCUGUACGAGCUACUGCCAGCAAAGGCAUCGCUCGCUGUCCGGCUGCAGUCCAUGCCAGGUGCAGGAGGUGAAGGAGGAGGCCAGUGCUGUGCAGGGCAAUGCCACACAUGGUCCCAGAACCGAGGAAUACCAGGAGGCAGCAGUUGUAGCUGUAGCUGUGGCAGCCGCCUCGGAUGGUGAGACUACGGCGACACCCGACUGGAACGAAUUGUGCAAGUCGCUCUGCAAGACUGGCGAUGGCGGGUCUUUGUGCAACUGUGAUCUAUCGCCGUUCUUCACCUGAUAACCCCAGGUGCGAAGGGAAGGUGCUGGAUCACAAAUAAUAAUUUAUAUAUUAUAUAAUUCGACAGUUGUAUAACAUUUUGUUGUUCUUCGUUUUGGAUUUGAGUUAGUGCUAGUGUUGUCUUUAUAUAUAUAUAUAUACAUAUAUAUUCUAUAUUCCAUAUCUUGUUGCGAGAGUUUAGUUGAAAAUACUGUAAAGAGAUACAAGAAACUAUAGAAGAAAAAUGGUAAAUCAAAAAAAUAUAAUCAUAGACGAGGAAAACAGAGAAGAGAAUCACGCGCAAUUGCCGGAGGAAGAGCGAACAAAUUCGAAACAAAUUCCCUAUGCGAAUCAAUUAAUUUGUAAUUAAUUUCAAUUAAAAAACGUAACUAUAGAAUGUAAGCGGAGGAAUCCAACAGCAGUAUCACACAGGGCUUCCAGUGUACCCCUCGCUGGAUAGAAGGAAGGAUCGAAAGAUCAUUCAUCCCUUGGUAUCCGGUGGGGGGGCACAUACCCCCAAAAAGUAUUAGGUGAUUGGAAUAGGGAGACACAACCAAUUAAUAUCAACAAACACAACAUAUCGUGGUAAAUCAAUUACUUACACUUCAGACUUUUGAUUUCUUAAUGGAUGGAAUCAGCAUAUCAAUUUACGAAGCAGGAGGCAGGAGGCUAUCUGAAGUUGAUGCGAGUAUCCGAGCAGUUUUUGUUUCAGUUCAGUUUUUGCUUAACGGCAUCAAUUAUGUGUGUCACAUUAACCAAGAGUUUAGUGUUGGUUACAGAUAUAAAUAUGAAUAUAUACGAGUAAAUACGAUAUUGGUCUAUAUAAUAUCUAUACACAAAAAUGAGUUGCGAUUGCAAAUCACAAACUCAAAAGCGGGACAAA